AAGACGCUGGAGAUCUGGCCCCGGCCCGUCCCCUCUCGGCGCCCCGGGAUGAGGCAGAGACUGAACAGCCGGCGAGCAAAUCAACGGCAUCCAGAAAGCCAUGUCCGACUCGGCGCCCAGCGCCCAAGCGCUAACCCGCUGAAAGUUUCUCAGUGAAAACGCCGGGACGAUCUGGACCCCGCCGAGAGGAACUGCCUUUGAGUGAGAUGGUCCCAGAGGCCCGGAGGAGCGGACUGGUAAGCACCGGGAGAGUGGUGGGAGUUUUGCUUCUGCUUGGCGCCUUGCACAAGGCUUCCGCCCUCAUUCGCUAUGAGAUCCUGGAGGAAAGAGAGAAGGGUUUCGCGGUGGGCAACGUGGUCACGGACCUUGGCUUGGAUCUCGGCAGUUUGUCAGCCCGCAGGCUCCGGGUGGUGUCCGGAGCGAGCCGAAGAUUCUUUGAGGUGAACCGAGAGACCGGAGAGAUGUUCGUGAACGACCGCCUGGAUCGAGAGGAGCUUUGUGGGACACUGCCCUCCUGCACCGUCACCCUGGAGUUGGUGGUGGAGAGUCCCCUUGAGCUGUUCAGCGCGGAAGUGGUGAUUCAGGAUAUCAACGACAACAAUCCCGCUUUCCCCACCCGGGAAAUGAAAUUGGAGAUUAGUGAGGCCGUGGCGCCGGGCGCGCGCUUUCCGCUGGAGAGCGCGCACGAUCCCGAUGUGGGAAGUAACUCUUUACAAACCUACGAGCUGAGCCGAAACGAGUACUUUGCGCUUCGGGUGCAGACGCGGGAGGACGGCACCAAGUACGCGGAGCUGGUGCUGGAGCGCGCCCUGGACCGGGAGCGGGAGCCGAGUCUCCAGUUGGUGCUGACGGCGUUGGACGGAGGAACCCCGGCCCGCUCCGCCAGCCUUCCCAUUCGCAUCACCGUGCUGGACGCCAAUGACAACGCGCCCGCCUUCAACCAGUCCUUGUAUCGCGCGCGCGUUCUGGAGGAUGCAGCCCCCGGCACUCGCGUGGUGCAAGUCCGAGCGACCGAUCUGGACGAAGGCCCCAACGGUGAAAUCAUUUAUUCCUUCGGCAGCCACAAUCGCGCCGGCGUGCGGGAACUGUUCUCCUUAGACCUCGUAACCGGGGUGCUGACAAUCAAGGGUCGAUUGGACUUCGAAGACACGAAACUCCACGAGAUUUACAUACAGGCCAAAGACAAGGGCGCCAAUCCCGAAGGAGCGCACUGCAAAGUUUUGGUAGAGGUCGUGGACGUGAAUGACAAUGCUCCGGAGAUCACGGUCACUUCCGUGUACAGCCCGGUCCCCGAGGAUGCGCCUCUGGGAACGGUCAUCGCUUUGCUCAGUGUGACUGAUCUGGAUGCUGGGGAGAACGGGCUGGUGACUUGCGAAAUUCCACCAGGGCUCCCCUUCAGCCUUACUUCUUCCCUCAAGAAUUACUUUACUUUGAGAACCAGCGCAGCCCUGGAUCGCGAGACUGGGCCAGAAUACAACCUCAGCAUCACUGCUCGGGAUGCCGGAGCCCCCUCCCUCUCAGCCCUUACGACGGUGAGGGUACAAGUGUCCGACAUCAACGACAACCCUCCGCAGUCUUCUCAGUCUUCCUAUGACGUCUACGUGGAGGAAAAUAACCUCCCCGGGGUUCCAAUACUAAAUCUAAGCGUCUGGGACCCCGACGCCCCGCAGAACGCUCGCCUUUCCUUCUUUCUGCUGGAGCAAGGAGCUGAAGCUGGGCUAGUGGGUCGCUAUUUCACGAUAAAUCGGGACAGUGGCGUCGUGUCGUCCUUAGUGCCCCUGGACUAUGAGGAUCGGCGGGAGUUCGAAUUAACAGCUCACAUCAGCGACGGGGGCACUCCCGUCCUGACCACCAACGUCAGCGUGAACGUAUUCGUCACCGAUCGCAACGACAACGCCCCCCAGGUGCUGUACCCCCGGCCUGGCCGGAGCUCCGUGGAGCUGCUGCCCCGAGGCACGGCUGCGGGCCACGUGGUUACGCGGGUGGUCGGCUGGGACCCCGAUGCGGGACUCAACGCCUGGCUCUCCUACAGCCUCUUGGGAGCCCCCAACCAGAGCCUCUUUGCCGUGGGGCUUCACACGGGUCAAGUCAGUACUGCCCGCCCUGUCCAGGACACGGAUUCGCCCAGGCAGACUCUCACGGUUUUGAUCAAAGACAACGGGGAGCCGUCCCUGUCCACCACCGCCACCCUGACUGUGUCAGUAACCGAGGAAUCUCCUGAGGCCCGGGCUGAGUUCCCCUCCGGCUCUGCCCCUGGGGAGCCGAAUAAAAACCUCACCUUUUAUCUACUCCUCUCUCUAAUCCUGGUCUCCGUGGGGUUCGCAGUCACAGUUUUGGGAGUGAUCAUAUUCAAAGUUUACAAGUGGAAACAGUCCAGGGACUUAUACCGAGCUCCGGUGAGCUCCCUGUACCGAACGCCAGGGCCCUCUCUGCACGCGGACGCUGUACGCGGAGGCCUGGUGCCCCCGCACCUGUACCAUCAGGUGUACCUCACCACUGACUCGCGCCGCAGCGACCUGCUGCCGAAGAAACCUGGGGCCGCCAGCCCCCUGGCCAGCCACCAGAACACGCUGCGGAGCUGCGAUCCGGUGUUCUAUAGGCAGGUGUUGGGUGCAGAGAGCUCCCCUCCUGGACAGGUAAGGGUUAGCAAGAACAUAUAGAGCCUGGUUGUUGUUGUUGUUGUUGUUGUUGUUGUGUUUUGUUUUCGUGAUGAAGAUGUUUUCCUAAUGAUGCAUCCAUACUUCCACUUGGCUCUUCCUAGAUCGCUGAGCCUUUGCACAGGGGAUGGCCUAGAGUGUGGUUUGUGGUCACUCAGUAUGGAGUUAAUUGACUCAUCUGUGGACCCAGUUCACACCCUGAGCAGUCACUGGCUUGCCAUAAAAACUAACCAGUCAUGCUAAGGGGCAGCUAAACUAUAACCCAAGACCUCAGCACUCUGAGUUUAGCUUGGUGUCAUUUGCACUGUUUACCUCUAACCGGUGGCCGCUGCUAGGAAUAUAAAAACUACCUGGUUCACCCAUUUGCCAAGUGAUUGCACUAUAGGCCUCGAAACUAAUGGUUUGAUGGUAAUUUUCCUUUACCUGCACAGAUCCUGUACCUCAGUCUUUGAUGAUUUUCUGUGAAAGAAAC